AUGUUCAACCAGCUCAGGAAGCUAGGAGCCAUCCCUACCCAGGCUGGAACAUCAGCCAGAACCAUCCCCACCCAGGCAGGAGCAACAGCCAGAACCAUCCCCACCCAGGCUGGAACAUCAGCCAGAACCAUCCCCACCCAGGCAGGAACAUCAGCCAGAACCAUCCCCACCCAGGCAGGAACAUCAGCCAGAACCAUCCCCACCCAGGCAGGAACAUCAGCCAGAACCAUCCCCACCCAGGCAGGAACAUCAGCCAGAACCAUCCCCACCCAGGCAGGAACAUCAGCCAGAACCAUCCCCACCCAGGCAGGAGCAACAGCCAGAACCAUCCCCACCCAGGCAGGAGCAUCAGCCAGAACCAUCCCCACCCAGGCAGGAGCAACAGCAGCCAGAAACCAUCCCCACCCAGGCAGGAGCAACAGCCAGAACCAUCCCCACCCAGGCAGGACAUCAGCCAGAACCAUCCCCACCCAGGCAGGAGCAACAGCCAGAACCAUCCCCACCCAGGCAGGAGCAACAGCCAGAACCAUCCCCACCCAGGCAGGACAACAGCCAGAACCAUCCCCACCCAGGCAGGAGCAACAGCCAGAACCAUCCCCACCCAGGCAACAGGAACAACAGCCAGAACCAUCCCCACCCAGGGAGCAGGAGAAACAGUUAGACCCAUCCCAGUUAGAACCAUCCACCCAGGCAGGAGAAACAGCUAGAACCAUCCCCACCCAGGCAGGAGCAACAGCCAGAACCAUCCCCACCCAGGCAGGAGCAACAGCCAGAACCAUCCCCACCCAGGCAGGAGCAACAGCCAGAACCAUCCCCACCCAGGCAGGAGCAACAGCCAGAACCAUCCCCACCCAGGCAGGAGCAACAGCCAGAACCAUCCCCACCCAGGCAGGAGCAACAGCCAGAACCAUCCCCACCCAGGCAGGAGAAACAGUUAGAACCAUCCCUACCCAGGCAGGAGAAACAGCUAGAACCAUCCCUACCCAGGCAGGAGCAACAGCCAGAACCAUAUCUACCUAG